AUGUUUCGAGGCGCCCGUCGAAGGGAGCGCGUGCAAGUCAUCGGCCCGGAUUUACUGGCCAAUAAAUCCUGGUGGAACGCGGGAACGUUAUCCGCUAACAGCUCAAAUGAACUGUCGCGCCGCGGAGCGAGAAAUAACGCGGUGGGUCGUGAGCGCGCCAAUCGCUACGGCCGGGUCGAGUUAGACGCGGAGUAUUUCUUUCGUACGGGGGUGCAGCAGUCUCCGUUAGGUGCCGCGUCCGUGUCGCGUCCGCCGCGGAAUGGGCGCUUGGCCGUU